UCUUCUUCACUCUAUUUUCACAUAACUAUGGCAAACUCCAUAAACGAAAAAUUUCACACUAAAAUUACCCUACUAUCUCUCUAUUUGCUCUUGUUCCCUCUAGUUGCUAACUCAUACAACCCUGAUUACAAUUUAGCCAUCAAUUGUGGCUUCUCAACAAACACUACUGCCUUAGAUAGUCGAAUUUGGGUUGGUGAUAAUAUUGAUAACUCAAAUCUCUUUACCUUCAUUGAACCAAAAACCACAAACCCAUCUCUUAAAUCAUCACCUAAUUCCCUUUCCAAUAUCGAUAUUCCACUCACAACCGCGCGUAUCUCUCUCUCAAAUUUCACAUACUCAUUUUCUAGCAUCACUAACACCCCUGUUUUUAUUAGCCUUCAUUUUUACCCAACUUCAUACCAAAACUUUGAUCCCUCCAAUGCUCUUUUCUCUGUCAAAGUAAACAACAAUCUUACCCUUCUUAAAAACUUCAGCCCUUAUUAUGAGAAGGAAAAAAUCACCAAAGAAUAUUGCAUUCAAAUCAAACCAAAUGAGAAGCUAAGCAUAACUUUCAUUCCAAACAACAUAAAUCAUUCAAAUCCUUAUUAUGCUUUCAUUAACGGAAUCGAAAUUGUGUCUAUGCCUUCUUUUCUCUAUUACACGGACCUUAAUGACCCAAAAUACCUUUUGAAAUCACUUGACUUUGACAACACGGAAUACCAAAUUCAUAACGACAAAGCUUUGGAAAUGGUAUAUAGAGUCAACGUUGGUCAAAAUCAAGUUCCACCAAACCAAGAUACAGGUAUGUUUCGUAAUUGGGACAGUGAUUUUCCUCUUUACCUGGAAAAAGAAUAUCCACAAAGUGUAUCAACUGUUUAUGGAAGUGAUCAUCCAAACUAUUUAAACAAUACCAUUCCCAAUUACACUGCACCAGAAGCUGUAUACUUUACUGCAAGAAGUUAUGGAAUGGAUGUGACAGAGGAUUAUAAUGUAACUUGGAAUUUCAAAGUUGAUUCUAGUUUUACUUAUAUGGUAAGGUUACAUUUUUGUGAGUUUGAUCUGCUUAUCAAGAAUAAAGGUGAUAGAGUUUUUCAGAUAUUUAUCAAUGAUAUUUUGGCUGAACAAUACGCUGAUGUGAUUUACUGGAGUGGUGGUAACAUGAUUCCUGUUCAUAAGGAUUAUGCUGUGAAAAUGUACUCUCAAAAUGGAAGCUCUGAAAUUGAAAGAGUUAACCUUUCAAUUAAGCUUCAACGAGAACCAGAAAGUAUCUACACAAAUUACCGUGAUGUCAUAAUGAAUGGAAUUGAGAUUUUCAAAAUAAGUGAUAAAAAUAAUCUCGCUGGUUUGAAUCCCAUCAAACACAUUAUACCAUCAUCUCCAAAUCGACGAUCGAAGUCGAAGAAAUCACCCAUAGUCAUGUUUGCUUUGGUUGGAUUAUCAUGUCUCUUGCUAGCAUUUAUAAUGGGAGUAAUAGUUUUUCUUAGAAGAAGAAGAUUUGAAUCUCAAUUUGAAAUGAAAGAAAGUCAUUGGAAGAUAAAUAAUGAAGGUUCAUCAAUUUUACCAUCCCAUUUGUGUCGAUGUUUUACUAUAGUGGAAAUAAGAGCCGCUACAAACAACUUCGAAGAUAUUUUUAUCAUCGGGGUUGGAGGAUUCGGCAACGUGUACAAAGGUUACAUUGAUGGACUCAUACCUGUUGCGAUAAAACGUCGUAAAUUGGGUUCUCGACAAGGUCUAAAUGAAUUCAUGAAUGAAAUCGAGUUGCUCUCUCAGCUUCGUCAUAUUCACUUAGUUUCCCUCAUUGGAUAUUGCAAUGAAGAUGCAGAGAUGAUUCUUGUUUAUGACUUUAUGGAACAUGGCACUCUCCGUGAACAUCUCUAUGGUUCGGAUAACGAACCUCUUAGGUGGAAUCAAAGACUUAAUAUUCUAUUAUGUGCAGCAAGGGGAUUGCAUUAUCUUCAUGAAGGUGCGAAGCAUAAUAUCAUACACCGUGACGUUAAGAGUACAAAUAUAUUGUUGGAUGAAAAAUGGGUGGCUAAGGUUUCUGAUUUCGGUUUAUCAAAAGUGGGACCAACAGGGAUAUCAAUGACUCAUGUCAGCACUAUGGUGAAGGGUAGUAUAGGAUAUUUGGAUCCAGAGUGCUACCUACGAAACAAGUUGACUCUUAAGUCUGACGUGUACUCAUUCGGAGUUGUGCUUCUUGAGGUGUUGUGUGCGAGACCACCUUUGGAUCAUUCUUUGGAUAAGGAAAAAGUGAACAUGGUUGCUUUGUUCAAAAAAUGUUACAAUGAAGGUGUGAUAGUUGAAGAGAUGGUGGACCCGUUCAUAAAGGACUCUAUAACAAGUGAGUGUUUGAAAUGUUAUUGUGAAAUGGUGUUGAGUUGUUUGCAUGGUGAUGGAAAUCAACGAAUGUCUAUGAGUGAUGUGGUUGGGACUUUAGAGCUUGCGUUGAAAUUGGUUAUGAGUGGGGAGGAUGGUAAGUUUGAUGCGACGCAAAAAGGAGGAAGUAAAGCAAUAGGUUGAAUAUUCAUUUGGUGACAACUUUUAUGACAACUUUCUCUCUCAAAUUCACAUUAUUUUUUACUUUAUCUCUCUAUUGUGUUGGUUUCCAUGCAAAUACCUUAUUUUUCUUUGUAAAUUAUGGUUGUCACAUAAGUUGUCAACCAAAUUGGUUAUUCAAAUAACACUCCUCGAAAAUUCCAUUGAUAUGAAGGAAAAAAAAAGUACAAGAUAAAAAACUAAAUGUAGAAAUUAUGCUAUCAUAAUCAGACUUAACUUUUCAAUGUACUACCUCUUUCUCAAAAUAAUAGUCGUUUAAGACUUGUGCA